CCCCGCCGCUCGCCGACAGUGGAAGGUCGGGGACCUUGUUCUCGCCAAAGUCAAAGGAUUUCCUGCCUGGCCUGCUACGGUUAGUGAGCCAGAAAAGUGGGGUUAUUCAGCCGAUUGGAAGAAAGUAUUGGUCCACUUUUUCGGAACACAGCAGAUGAGCAACUUUAAUGGCUUGCUGUGGGUGAGAGCUUUCUGCAAUCCUGCCGAUGUCGAAGCGUUUACAGAGGAGAAGAAACAAUCACUUUUGACGAAACGCCAUGCUAAAGGUUCAGAUUUUGUCCGUGCUGUAAAGGAGAUUAUAGAAAGUUAUGACAAGCUGAAGCAGCAGGAGCUAGCUAAUGAUAAAAAAGUUUCUGAAGAUGUGACUCUUGUGAGUGGUAGGGAUACUGUAGAACCUUUGCAAGAUAGUGAAAUUCCGACUGGGGCAAGUCUUGAAACACAAGCAAAAUCAGACUCUAGUCAAGGUAGAGGUGAAUCGACACUUCUCAGUGAAGAUGCUUCAGCUGCUGAGCAAAUGCUAGCCCUGCGUGAUAGCAGUUUAGCACAUGAGCAGGCCUGUGAUAGUACAGUGGGUAAAGAACCACGAAAGAUAGCUACCUACUCCUCGAGGAAAAGAGAUGGAGGGGCACAGCCUCAAAGGUGCGCUCCACAAAAAACGGUGUUAUCAUCAAGGUUGGAAUCAGAUAGGCCUCAAAGCUCCAUGUUGCCCUACAAAGAUUGUGGUCAAAGUAUCGAUGACAUGGAUGAUGGAAGUUUAAGGAGAAAGCGAACCAGGAGAUCCCCCGGUCAUUCUGAAUCAGAUGAUGUGGGUGUACCAGCUGUAAAUUCAAAUGGAAGUGAUGAAGAAAAUGCUUCUGAAAUCGCUACAGUUGAAUCUGACAAUAAUAAUAUGAAUGAAGGCAAUGAUGUAGAUUCAAGUUCCAAAGUAGAACAUUCUGAAGUCGGUGGUCAGUGUCGUGAAGUGGGUCAUGAGGUCAGCAAUGGGCUUGAUUUCCAAAUUAAUACGAUGGUUGUGAGGAAGAAGAGGAAGCCAACCAGAAAGCGUGGAACGAGUGACAUUCUUGACCCUCCUGCUAAAGUUGAAGCAGAAGCCGGUCUUGGGCAAGGAGGAUGUAAUGACUGCCAGACAUCACAUAAUUCACGUGAUAGUUUGAAUGAGAGACCAUUAAAGGAGAAUGGCGAUGAACACUUGCCUUUGGUGAAACGAGCUAGAGUCAGGAUGAGUAGAGCAUUUUGUGCUGAUGAUGAGAUCAAUGGCUCUUCGCAGGUUGAAGAAAGAUCAUCAAAGGACACAGGAGUCAAUGAAACAGUGCUGAAAAGCCCGUCAAGUAAUCAUGACAAUGAUGUUUCUAGUCAUGAUACUUCUGCAGUGGAAGAAUAUAAGAGUCUUGAAGAGUGUGCUAAACUCUCAGGUGAUACUGCUGAUGUAGUACCAUCUUUUGAGAAGAAACAUUCUGAAAGUAUGCCUCCUUUUAAGUCUCGUGAACAGAUUGUGGGAGUAAAACGAACUGCUUUGGAGCUCCGGUGGAGUGGGACUAGCAAGUCACCAGAUCAUGAAGCAACCCAAACGCAAUCUAAGCAAUUUAGCAGUUCGCCAGAUGGUGAAGCUCUUAUUGCCAGUGCCGCUGAUGUUUCUCAGGAAUGCACUGGGGCAGUGCAAAGCCUGAAUUUGCAAAGCAGUGAAUGUGAUCCACCUGUUGUACAAAGCUUACAUCACAAUGAUAAAUCUGAAGCUCAUAUGGAGAACAAUACAGUGGCCUCAUCUGUGGAUAAUUAUGGAUUUUGCUCUGGUUUGGAUACAACAUUGUCAGGGUUGCCUGCUCAUUCUGUUGACCAUCAGCAAAGUCAGGACCAAAAUUCUUGCAACCAUUUGGUAGUCAAUUCUGGAGAUUCCGGUAAUGAUGAAAUUCACAAAAAUGAUGAUCUCGUGGUCCAUGUUGUUCAGUCUGAAACUGUAGGUCAUUCUCCAGUGCCUUGUCAAAUGGUGACUAAGCAAGAGGCUGAGAAAAUGCAAUUGAAAGAAGACCAUGAAAGCCCUAGUAAAGAACUUGAUAGUGGCAAACAAAUUCAUGCCAACCAGAAUCCAGUCCUCUCUAGAACUAAAAGUGAUAUGUCAGUUGAAGAAGCUAAACCUCCUUAUGAAACAGGGUGCGAGGAUACUGUUGCGAACCACAUGCAGCUGGAAAAACUCGGUGAGAUCAAAGAAGAAAGGAAGGAACAGAUCCAGUCUGUGAAUUCUGUUUCAUUGUCUGAAAACAUUUCAAGCGAAAAAAUGGAUCUAUCUCCUGCUAACAUUGCAGACUCUCCUGCGAGGGGCACUCCACAUAGCAACUCGGUUUGCCACAUUUCAACUGCAGAAAGUGCUAAUGUUAUGCAGAACAAUGGGAGUUGCAGUCCCAAUGUUCAUUUCAGUGAGAAGAAAAUUUCGGGGGACCCAAGCGUCAAUGCAGAAGAACAAAUUGAAACGCGAGUUUCUCAGGGACACAAAUUUGUUGGUUCUGAUAUGCACUCUGCUCUUGAAUCAUUUGAGAGUGCUCUUGGUUCGUUGGUCAGGACAAAGGAGAGCAUCGGGCGAGCAACUCGUUUGGCUGUGGACUUGGUGAAAUUUGGCGUCUCUGCAAAGGCGAUGGAAGUUUUGGCACAUACUUUGGAAAGUGAGUCAAAUUUAGAAAGGAGGGUAGACUUAUUUUUCCUUGUGGAUUCUAUUGCUCAGUGCUCUAAAGGUCUGAAAGGUGAUGCUGGUGGUAUUUAUCUUUCGGCCAUUCAAGGCAUGCUGCCUCGUCUGUUGGCUGCUGCUGUCCCGGCUGGAGCUACCACACAAGAAAACCGGAGGCAGUGCCUGAAGGUUUUGAGGCUUUGGCUUGAAAGACGGAUCCUUCCUGAUUCUACUGUUCGCCACCAUAUAAGAGAACUUGAUUCGCAUAGCAUCGCUCCUGCUUGCCUCUACUCUCGCCGCUCAGCUCGAACAGAAAGAGCAUUAGACGAUCCUGUGAGAGAUAUGGAGGGUAUGCUGGUGGAUGAAUAUGGAAGUAAUUCAACUCUCCAGCUUCCGGGGUUUUGCUUGCCUGCCAUGCUAAAGGAGGAGGACGCAGGAAGCGAUUCUGAUGGAGGUGAUUUUGAGGCUGUCACCCCUGAACAUGAUUCCAGAACCCCUGAAAAACAUGUCACAGUCUCCACUGCUGAAAGGCAUACGCAUGUAUUGGAAGAUGUUGAUGGUGAGCUUGAGAUGGAAGAUGUGGCUCCAUCUUGGGAAGCCGGAAGCAGGUCAUACACUGAUCAGGCUGAUAAUGCAGAGUCGUCCAAUAGUCGGCUUGGACAGCAACUUUGGCCCAUCUCUGGGGUUUCACAGCAACAUGUGCCCUCGUCAUCUCCACCUUUGCCAUCAUCCCCACCACCACCACCACCACCUGCUCCCCCUUCGCAGCAUGCUCAGUGCGCCAUGCCUGAUUCCUACUCGAAUGGCUUUGAUUGUGGUGGAUAUCCCAGCAUGCAUGGAGAUCAUCAGGCUGGUCAUCCAAGGAUGAACCCGUCAAUGCCUACAAAUACCAUGCAUUAUCAAGGUCCUGAGUCAUCUUAUAGCAGUUCACGUAUACCACCGACAAAUAGCGUGCCACAGGGUGAGGGUUCUAAUUUCCAGCAUAAUAGGCCUUUUACUCCCCAUCCCCCACCUUGUCCUCCACCACCACCUCUGCCUCCACACCAAUACUCGUAUAUGCAUCCCGGCCACCAUUUGAAGUCACGAAGGGAUGGUACUCAAUACUCUCACAGAUCUCAUUAUACUCCAAGUUUUGAUGAAAGGAAUUUUCAUGAUAACCAUGAGAGAAUGAGACCAGCUCCAUACGAUAACAGGGACAAUUGGAGAUAUCCACCUCCCUCUUCUUACGGUCCAAGAUAUCACGACAGACACAAGGGUACCUACCCACCGGCUUCUUACAGUGGCUCUCCACGCGAGUAUGGAAGGUUUCAGAACCAUAGGUGGAAUUAUCCUCCGCGUCCCCAUAAUAACAGACACUCAUUUCACUAUAAGCCUCAUUCUGAAGGUCCUGUUCCAGUUGGAAUGAGAGAUCAAGGCGUGUGGCAUCAGAGGUGACCACUGAUCUUUAGGAGGGAACAUAAUUUGGUGAGUAGGACGCCAUUGUCGCUCUAAAUUUAAAGACGUUUGUUAGUUGUGGAAGGAGAUAUUAGAUCUUUGGAGAAAGCAAUAGCUAUGCAGAGGUGCUGAUAUUGUUCAGAAAGGACUUGUUGGGAUAUAUAUAUAAAAACAUGUGGAGGGGGAGGGAGGAUGAAGUUAUUGUACAUAAAAUAUCUCAAAACAGCGGGAGGAGGUGGUAAGCCAAUUUGUAGAGAUUGGGAAGAGUUUGUACCUAAAAGCAAAAAAACUAGGCACCUUCAGGCUUGCUCCCUUUUUUUUUUCUUGGGUUCUGAUUUUGCCCAUCUCUUUUUCAUCAAUGUUAUGGUAAUCUAUGUGCCGUGAAGGUCAAGUUCCCUUACAUUACGCGUCUGGUAGGAGAUCAAGUUCUAAUUGAAUUGUUACAUAAUAAAACA